GUUUCCCAAAAUAUGUUCCCUAUGGUUGUUAUUUUGCUCUUACCUGGUAUUUCCUUUUGUUUUAUUUGAACAGUUGUUGGAAUACUUCGUAGAGGAAUAUUUUGAUCAAAAUCCUAUUAGUCAGAUUGGAAUUAUUGUGACAAAGAGUAAAAGAGCUGAAAAACUGACAGAACUCUCAGGAAACCCUAGAAAACACAUAACAUCUUUGAAGAAAGCUGUAGAUAUGACCUGCCAUGGAGAGCCAUCUCUUUAUAACUCCUUAAACAUGGCUAUGCAAACUCUAAAACACAUGCCUGGGCAUACAAGUAGAGAAGUCCUAAUCAUCUUUAGCAGCCUCACAACUUGUGAUCCAUCUAAUAUCUAUGACCUAAUCAAGACCCUAAAGACAGCUAAAAUUAGAGUGUCUGUUAUUGGAUUGUCUGCAGAAGUUCGGGUUUGCACUGUACUUGCUCGUGAAACUGGUGGCACAUACCAUGUUAUUUUAGAUGAAAGCCAUUACAAAGAAUUGCUAACACAUCAUGUUAGUCCUCCUCCUGCUAGCUCAAGUUCUGAGUGCUCACUGAUUCGUAUGGGUAAGUGUUUAUUUUAAAAUAGACAUUUAACA